CUCCUCCUCUUCUCCGCCGUAUCCGACUCCGGAGACAUCGACUACUCCUGCCGUGUCUUCCGAACGCUUCCCGCCCCAACCAUCUUCAUCUAUAACACCCUCAUCCGAGGCUUCUCCAAAUCCAAGAACCCGAACUGCUCCAUUUCUCUCUAUACCCAGAUGCUUCGUGCCGGGGUCUCACCGGAUCACCUCACCUUCCCCUUUCUCGCUAAGUCCUGCGCCCGCCUGUCCUCCCUCCGUCUUGGGCUGUCCAUCCAUGCCCACAUUGCGAAGAAUGGACUGGAAUUCGAUCUCUUCGUCCAGAAUUCAUUGAUUCACCUGUAUGCAUCUUGCGAUGAUAUAAUGUCUGGCCGGAGAGUGUUCGAUGGAAUUUCCCAACCAAAUACCGUGUCAUGGAAUACUCUGGUUGAUGGCUAUGCAAAGUGUGGAAAUUUAAGUGCUGCGAGGGAGGCGUUUGAUUGUAUGCCGGAGAGGGAUGUGGUGUCUUGGAGCGCUCUGAUUGAUGGGUAUGUGAAAGGUGGGGAGUACAGAGAGGCGCUCGCCCUGUUCGAGACGAUGCAAGCUCAGGCAGGUGGGCCAAAAGCCAAUGAGGUCACCAUGGUGAGCGUGUUGUGCGCCUGUGCGCAUUUAGGGGCCCUUGAUAAAGGGAGGAAGAUGCACCGUCAUUUAGAGGAAAAUGGCUUACGCUCAAGUCCAGAGCUGUUGACUUCCUUGAUUGACAUGUAUGCCAAAUGUGGAUCGAUACAUGAGGCUCUUGAAGUGUUUCAUGCCGUUCCGGCACAGAAGACAGAUGUGUUGAUGUGGAAUGCGGUGAUUGGGGGGCUUGCAAUGCAUGGGUUGGGCGCAGAGUCUGCAGAGAUGUUCAGAGAAAUGCAGAGGGCGGGCAUCUCACCAGAUGAGAUAACGCAUUUGGGGUUGUUGAGCUCUUGUGCUCAUGGAGGCUUGGUGGAUGAUGCUUGGGCUUUCUUUAGAUCCCUCAAAGCCCGAGGCAUGACACCGCAGGUUGAGCAUUAUGCUUGCAUGGUUGAUGUUCUUUGUCGAGCGGGCCGUAUGGAGGAGGCAUAUGAGUUCGUCAGCACAAUGCCCAUUGAACCGAGUGCUUCUGUUUUAGGUGCUCUGCUUAGUGGGUGUCAGACCCAUGGUUGGGUGCACCUAGGGGAGAUUGUGGGAAAGAGGCUCGUCGAAUUGGAGCCGGAACAUGAUGGAAGGUACAUUGGCUUGUCAAAUGUUUAUGCCAUUGCAAGGCGGUGGGAAGAGGCCAGGACAAUGCGCGAAGCAAUGGAAAAGAGAGGAGUGAAGAAAGCUCCUGGCUUUAGUGAGAUUGAGGUGGAGAAAGGUCUACACAUAUUUAUUGCUCAUGAUAAGGUUCAUCCCCAAUCAACAGAGAUUUAUUCUAUGUUGAGUGUGAUAGCUAUGCAAAUGAAAAUGGAAUAUGAUGGCAUUAUCCAAGAACCACUAUCAUUUUAAUCCACAGAAAAAUGGUCAAGCAUGCAUGAACAUCUCAAAAAAUGGAGUAUGUAAACAGCUUGGGGACCUAUACAAUCAAACAGAUUAAAAUUUCAACAGUGCCGUUUGAUUUGUUUGCUUGGCAAGUGAUCAUAUUCCUAUCACACUGGGAUUCUUAUUGCUAAUAGAGGGAUCUAACUAUUGAAAAAUUGUACUGAGAUAAAAGCUUAGACCUUGACUGGUAAGUAGGACAUGCCAUCAAGGAAGCAAGGCCAAUCUUCGGGUGAAAGUGGCACAAUUGAAGUAUGCAACGUCAAAGGCUAUAUGAAAGGAAGCCGAUACUCACAGUUUUGGGGCAUUUUCAUGCAGUGGGUGCAGUCUGUUCCUUCUCCAUUUUUAUAUGAAAGAAACUUGCAGUGGCUAGAGAUCUGUUUUUUCGUUCCUUUUCUCAUUGUCGAGGAGACAAUUUUCAUUCUUUCCUAGUACAUAUCACUUUGAGUUGUUGCAUAUUAUCAUCCAAAAAGGCAUUCUUUGUUGCUACAACUUCUGGCAAUUUUCUUCCAAGAUCAACGCCCCCUCGACUCUUGAUCCAUCUAUUCCAUGGCUAUUCCUUUCAUCCCAGGUGGGAAGAAAUGAAUCGAUACGUUUUACAGAAACCCACUUUCUAUCGUGUGACCUCCCUGGGUGCCAAAAUGAGGAGGAAACCAUUGAAGCGUCAAAUACAAUUUUUAUGAUGGCAGUGUUCAUGAUAACCAUUCUGUAUAGUUUCUCAGUCUCUUGACCCUCAAUCUGUAAAGAUUCAAAAACUCAAUGUAGCAAAACCACCGCCAGCACAUCCAGCCAUGGAUGAGGAAUCUAAAGUCAGCUAUUCUAAUACUUCAGUUGUUGGAGAGACCGCUUAUUCUGAAGCCAGAGAGUUUGCAGUGCAGUUUUCCAGUUAUACCUCCGGCUUAUUUCACACCAUUCUUUCAAUUUUGUGUCCCUUGUUGGUCGGGUUAUAAAGCAGAUGCUUUGGAGGAGUGGGGAUGUUAAGCCAACAACGGUGCAUGUCGUGCCAUUAAUAUAUUUUCUAGUAAUAAAAAUUUUAAACAGAUAAAACUCUGUUUAAGUGUUGUAUUUGUGAUAAGAUAUAUGUUCCCUAAAGUUUUAGUUUUUUAAAACUCUUGGGUAGUUACAACGUUUAAAAGUUUACAACGUUUAAAAGUUUUGUAGAAUUGUAUCUUUCUUGAAAAGAAUAAUAUGCACCUUUUAUUACAUUGCUUCUGAA